GGUUUUACACAUUCAACCAUCAGACAGGAGAAGAAGUCAAAGGAGCUGACAAGAGUCAUCAAAAGAGUGAAAGAAUUGAAACCUUAAAGCAGUCAAACCCUCCUAAGAUGAAGACAUUCAGUGUUGCAGUUGCAGUGGCCGUCGUGCUCGCCUUCAUUUGCCUUCAGGAGAGCUCUGCUGUCCCAGUCACUGAGGUGCAAGAGCUGGAGGAGCCAAUGAGCAAUGAGUAUCAAGAGAUGCCAGUGGAAUCGUGGAAGAUGCCGUAUAACAACAGACACAAGCGUCACAGCAGCCCCGGUGGCUGUCGCUUUUGCUGCAGUUGCUGUCCUAAUAUGAGCGGAUGUGGUGUCUGCUGCAGGUUCUGAGGAUUCCUGCUCCAGCCUGGGAUUUACACAACUACUAUUAAAUAUUCAUUUAAACUUUUUCAGUCAACUUUACAACAUUUCCACUGUACUCUUCGGUGUAAAUAUUUGAGGAUUUUACUGGAUUACAUGUGUGUUCAGUGAUGUGACUGAAUCAUCCAAACACUGUGUUUAAUAUCUUCAGAUUCAACUGUGUAUUGUCAUAAUAAAGUUCAAUUUCACUGAUAUAUAA